AUGCCUUCCCACAAAAACAAGCAAAAGUUUGUCCCAGACAAGGACCAAGAGAUUUUUAUUAGCAGUUUUGCGAAAGAAGAGCUAGUGUUAGUGGCAGGACCUGGGGCAGGGAAAACUACGGGCCUAUGUGCGUUCAUUGCCAGUAUUAUGAAGCCGGCUAGGAUACUCGUCCUUAUGUACAACAAAAAGGCUCGAGACGAUUUUGAGAAAAGACUUAAAGCAUUCAGGGUUCCCGCCCGCAGUAAGAAAAACAUCAUUGCGAAAUGGAUCAAAGGUUGCUACGUGGUGACCUUUCACGAAUACGGUUACUGGUCUCGACUGCAACCCCUCGGUGAAAGACUAGAUGAAAAUAACAAGCGGAGCUAUCAACUUUCUGAAGAACGAGCGGCCUGCAUUCCACGACUCGAGAGUGAAAUAUGGGACUGGGUCAUCGUGGACGAGGCCCAGGACGUUACAACAGAGCUGUCCCCGUUUAUAGACCAAUUGCGUCCUCCUUCUUCUUCACACUUAGUGAUAGCAGGGGAUCCACGCCAGGAGCUCUACACUGGCGCAUACUGGUUCUCUAAUUUUCUUAAGUCGGUGGAUCCAUCCAAUGUCGUGUACCUCUCGUAUAACCAUAGAUCCGCUCCACGUAUUGUUGCCUUUCUUAAUGCGUUCAGUGCCCUUCACUUUCCGACUCUCCAUCGCCAACAGACUGCCACACGCACUGACAUGACCGGCACUGUAACAAUUGCGUCGCCUAAUGUUUACAACUCUCUUUCACUAGAGGGCAAGAUUAUCGGAACAAAGAUAAAAACGUACAGCCCCCAUGAGAUAUUUGUCAUUGGCCCCGUGUCUGUAAAGCACUAUGGCUGCCAUGAGUUGGUCCUCAACAUUCGUGAACGGUCCUACCGCCAUGACUCCCGUAAUCAAAUCAUUGUGUACAAUGAAGACAUGGGCAAUAACGUUAAUGACGAGCAUUCGUUGGUGGUAGGGACUGCGUGUAAGCUCAAGGGUCGAGAAAGAAAAAGUGUGGUGGUGAUGAAACCCAACGCUAAGUACCAGAAACUCCUCUCUCGUGUGUCUCUCAUCAAAAGACUGUAUGUUGCCCUCUCUAGGGCACAAAACGACUUACUGGUUGUUUUUGAGAAGGAUUUCCAGUACUUUCCGUUUUUUGAUGCUAUCCCCAAAAGUCUCCUGCAAACUGAUUUGGUAACUAAGAAAGCAUUUUUCCCUCCUCCCCUCCCUGCUGUAUACCCUGACUACCGGAGCUCCAAAAUGAUACUGAAAGUGAGGGACAACUUAGCCACAGCGAUAGAAUGGUGGAAACCAGUCGUUUCUGAUGAUAAAAACGCUAUUCCAUGUUUGUCUAUUAUCAUAAAAAAUGACCCAGACUUCGUUGAACUCUUCGUGAAAGCGUUCAUUGCAACACAUUGUGGUAUCGAAUGGGACACUAUUACUAUGAAAAGCGCAGAAAAAAACAGAAGGAAAGAACUGCUUGAACCAUCUGAGCGGCUGCAACAUUAUACUCUUUCGUAUGACACACUUAGACCGUAUGUCGAGAAAAUUCUUACUAGUCUGUCUAUCGAAAAAUUACAGUGGUACCGCAAAGAAGUACACAUUGACAUCUUUCCCCAUAAAGGGGGGGCACACAUCGGAAAACUGAUUGGUGCUGUAGAUUUCGCCUCCUGCGAUGAGAACGAUGACAUCGUGGGGAUUGUUGAAAUGAACCAUACUACACCACGUCCGUCCCAUUAUAUCGAAGCCGCUAUUUAUGCUUCUAUGACAGGGUGUUCGAGAGCCUAUUUGUUGAAUACGAAAGAGCACCCAAAAAAGAAUGGCAUGGCUCCUUGCGAUGUCGGCCAUUUCCGUGAAGUUUUACCGCUCCCACUCGAUGAGGUAAAAGAUGUUACUCGUGCACUGUUUGCAUUGAGCCUUUCUGUUAUGGCAUCGCAAUAUAACCCAUGCCUGUCGGAACAUUACCCCCCAAAUAAACACUAUAUCGCUGUUGAUGUAUCAUUUGACGAGACUGCCGCAUUGGCCUUUGUCCCGGGCACAGACUCUAUACUCGGUCUAUACCACAGAGAAAAUACGGAUGACGCAGAAUCUUUUGCUGAGUUCUAUCAGUGGGUAAAAACUAAUGCCGCCGUGUUCACUUUUCUGUAUUGGUCGAAGGCUUCUUUUCUCUUAGUUGAGAAAAUUUCGGCAUUCUUGUCUGUGCUGGGUACCAAAGUAGAUACUAUUGAUGUGCGUUCAUACUAUAUUGAGUGGACAAAAAGAACACCUAUUCCACAGUCAACUCUUUCCAUCGAAGGUUUAUUUACCGAAGAAGGACCGUCUCAUGAGCUAGUGGAGCUGGACGAUGCUAUUUCUGCCGUAUUGGGAAAAAAUACACCAUAUGGCCAAAACUGUGCGUACGAAUAUGCUGUGAUGAUUGCUAGCGUUUUUAAUGGAGUUAGUAACAUCAACGGCAUUGUCUGA